AUGUUUUCUCUAUCUAUCUAUCUAUCUAUCUAUCUAUCUAUCUAUCUAUCUAUCUUUCUCACUCACUUUUUCGCGUACUUAAAUAAGACUUUUUCAUUCUCUCUUGUAUAUUACUCAUAUCUGUCUGCUACCUAUCGUUGUUAUUGCUUGGGUAAUGUGCUAUGCUAUCUUGUCAAUGCUGAUAUAGACAGUCUCCUGAGUCGGUUAUUAAGAGACAAUGGAGCCUGUACCAUCUCUUUGGAAUGCCCAGGCAAAACAGCUCUUUGCUACGAGCACAAAUGCAGAUUAAAUGUUCCUUGCAACAAGGACAAUGACUGCUUCUUCUACGGUGCCGGUGAUGUUGCCAACCAAAAUCCACAUCCAAAAUGUUACAGGAAGAUAGGAACUAACAAAUUACCUACCGGAUAUGGCUAUUGUAUGUUGAAGGAGAGAGUUGGAAACGAUCCCACUCUAAUCCGAAUAAAGGGAGAUGAUGUUGACAGUCUGGAUGAACAUCCCAUCGACACUCACAAUAUGCAGUAA